GAUACCCGCAGCCGGAGGUGACGUGGUAUAAGGAUGAUGAAGAGAUGGACCGCUACUGUGGCUUACCCAAGUAUCAGAUAUUCCAUCAUGGAAAUCGUCACACCCUGCAGCUGUACAAGUGCAGAGAGGAAGAUGCAGGCAUUUACCAGGCCUCAGCUAGAAAUAACAAAGGCAUCGUGUCCUGCUCUGGUGUGUUGGAAGUGGGAACCAUGACAGAGUUCAAAAUCCAUCAGAAGUGGUUUGACAAAAUUAAGAGAAAAGCGGAAGAAAAGCUACGAGAGAUAGAAUUGAAAGAGAACAUGGAGCUGGAGAAGUUGCAGGGAAUGAGCCCCGAUCGGCUCCAGAGAAAGCGGAGGCUGGCCAGGGAUCUGAAUCUCCGGUCCGGAGCCUCUUCGUGGGAGAAGGAGGAUGCAGCAAAAGUGCACGUCGCCGAUUCUCAGUCCAGAUUACAUGAGGAUAUUGCCAAGCCGAAGGAGCAGCCAGUCAAUGCAAUGACAGGCUUUCCAAACAAACUGAUAGCACCUUUGAAAGCAGAGGUGACCACCAAUGGAGAUGCCUCUUUGGAAAAUGUGGAGGAGAAUGGGAACGGCUUUCUCGCGUACCUCUAUGAGACGGUGGAGGACCUAGCAAAUAAGCCGAUGGUCAAAGACUCCGCAGCUAAAAAGAAAAAGAAGGUGGAGGAUCCUCCAGCAGCAAAGCAGGAAGUUUCCAAGCAAAAAGAAAAAAUGUAUUUUGAUAAGAAAGUGAAGCCGGCAGCAGGGAAGAAGGAGGUGGCAGCCAAGGAAGAGGCUGCGAGCAAGGCUGCCCAGCAGCCCGUGGCCGUCAGCAGACAGACAGAGGAUGCUCCAUCGUCCUCAAAAGUGUCAGAGGCAGGACCUGUGCCGUCCGAGGGACAGAGAGGCCAACGCCAAGCGCAGAAGUCAGAGGGAAACAAAGCCGUCGGUCCAGAGGAUUUGUCUGUAGCAGAAGGGCUUUGCAAAAUGCCAGACUGUGGCCAGGCUCUCAACAUCCUCACGCACAAGAGGAGAGAAGAAACUGGAUUUGCAGAACUUUUGAAAGGAGUGGCGGGUUUCCAGCCACAAGUACCGCUGGUCCUGCCUAGCCCUGAGAGACCUCAGGAGAUGUCUUUGGAGGAGAAGAUGCAGCACAAAAACCUUGUUUCCUCCUUGAAGAGCUAUCUGCUGCUGCUUUUAAAAAUGUCAGAUAGCAGUAAGGAUGCCACGAAAGACACUGACCCUGGGGACAAGGAGCAGCCCGAUGCAGAGGAAGUCAUGCUCCCAGAGAUAGGCAUUGCAGGCCUGAGCCCCCGCACCUCGAGGAGAGUUUUGGAAAAAGUGCAAAACAAUCAGCUCUUCCAGACAGCAGAGAACUUGCCUCUGACCCCCAGGACGUCCAGGCGGAUCACUGGCAUGAUUAACGAGGAAUUCGUUACCAGCAAGGAGAUGCUGGCUUGCAGGCCUAUGCCACCAAAGAGACGUACCCGGGUUGCUCCUGAGGUGGAGGGGCCGCCCCAGCUCUCUGUGCCCUCCAUCGUGGUGGGCAGCAUGCCGGCAGCAGGAGCGGGGCAGCCUCCUAAUAAUACUUCUGAUUUGCCUCCAGCCAGCCCUGAAAAAGAGAGCCCUGGUGACCCUCUGGCAGUGCUACCUUGUGCCACGCCAGAGGAGCUUGCUUCCGGGGCCCGGCGCAAAAUAUACCUGCCAAAAACCAAGCAGGUGGGGGAGGAAGAGGAGGCAACCCCAGAGGGCCCAGGGCACGUGAGAAGUCCUACCGUUUCACCACGGCAAUCCAGGAAGAACGCCGCCCUGUUGCAGUCGCCUGCCUCGGCUCCGUCCUCUCCUGCAGAGCAGCGCUCACCAACCCUCACGAGGAAGAUGGCCACGUUGGAGGUUCCUAAGCUGUAUGAGGAGCCCACAGGUGACAGCAGUGGUGGCCACGAGGUCCCUGAAGAUGCUAAGCCAGAAGCACAGCCAGCAGAGUCCAAGAAAGCAAAUAACCCAUUUAAAGCUCCACAGGUGAUUCGUAAGAUCAGGGCAGAACAAUUUUCCGAUGCAUCAGGAAACCUGAAACUUUGGUGCCAGUUCUUCAAUAUUUUGAGUGAUUCUAAGCUGAUGUGGUACAAGGACGAGAUCCCUGUAGCAGAAGCCCAAAGGAGCGCUGGCGACGAGGGCCAGGCAGCCUUGGCUAUUGUGCAGGCGUCCCAGAAGGACUGCGGGGUCUACCGGUGUGUGAUCAGCAACGAGUACGGCACUGACUCCACCGAUUUCCUGCUCAGCCCAGAAGUGCUGUCAGGAUUUAUCCUGCGGGAAGAGAUCGAAGUUGGAGAAGAGAUCGAGAUGACGCCCAUGGUGUUCGCAAAGGGUUUGGCUGAUGCAGGCUACUGGGGGGAUAAGCUCUUCGGGCGCGUGGUGAGCGAGGACGUGGAAGUGGGCGCUGGUUUCCUGCGCAAAGCCUGCCGUGCCAGAGCCAUCUAUGGCCUGGAGCCCGUCUUUGAGUCCGGCCACACCUGCGUCAUCAAAGUGCACAAUUUCAUUGUCUUUGGGACCAAGAACGAGAACAGCCUCAUCGAGAAGAACUACGAUAUCACCAUCCAGGAAUGUAAAAUCCAGAACUCCAGCCGUGAGUACUGCAAGAUCUUUGCUGCUGAGGCACGAGCCAUCCCUGAUUUUGGAGCGGUGCCCGAGAUAGUUCCUCUGUACCUGAUUUACCGACCAGCCAACAACAUCCCCUAUGCCACGAUGGAGGAGGACCUGGGUGGGCCCUGCGAGCAGUACUGUGUCACAGAGAGAGAUGGCAGCUUGGUAGCACGAGGCACCUCAGAGAUCGUCCUCAAAUGCUGCACCUUUCAGCAUUGGGUCUACCAGUGGACAAAUGGAAACAUCCUUGUGACUGACAUGGAAGGAGUGGGCUGGAAGAUGACCAAUGUGCGGAUCGCUACCAACCUGAAAGGGUUCCAGGGGUUGAAGGAAAGCUGCUUCCCCUCCCUGCUGGAGCAGUUUGCAGCCACUCACCAGUGUAACCGUUACUGCAGCAUCCUGGGCCUGAAGACGCUGGAGCCAGCCAAGCCCAAGGGAUCCAAGAGCCCCUCCAUGGGUAGGAAAUCUGCCCAGUCCAGCCCUCAGCUCCAGAAGAAGGGGCUGGCGAGUCCCCAGGGCACCCGCAAGGCUGCCGUGAGCCCCAAAAGCUCCCGGGGAGCCUCCGAGCAAAGCACCUUGUGCCGUAUGGGACAGCCGCGGUUGGGGGCCUGA